AUGUCGAAAAGGAAAAAUAAAACCUCAGAAGUUAUUGAUAAAUGGACUACUGCUAUAAACAAUUAUUCACCCAUCAAUGUCACAUUUCUCACUCAUCCCAUCAAUAAAGCACUUAAUGAGCGAAUACGAUCUCUUGAAACCCUAUAUGAGAAAUCCUCAGUGUACCGCUUUCUCAUCAGACAAGGUGUGCAUCCUUUGUUGCUAUUUAUAACCGUUAGUACCUCUAUUGGUUAUGGGUUGCAGCGUUCUUAUCAAAAAUCAAGCAAGCUGGUACUCCAACUUGUCGGUGUAGUUUAUCCUACUUAUUGUUGCUGGAAAUUACUCAAAGGCAAUAAGGCAGCAAUAGGAAGUCAUUGUAAUGGUAGUAGUAUUACGCACACGGACAAAAAUGAACAGUUGAUGUCCUGGUUAACUUAUUGGGUGAUAUUUGGUGCCUUUCAAGUGCUGGAUCACUUGAUGCUUUCAGAUUUAUUUCUGCUCCCAGCAAAAAAAAAGUACAACUUGUAUAAAUUAUUCACACUCUACUGGGCACAAAAUCCUCACUCAAAGGGUGCUUAUCUACUAUAUAAGUAUGUGAUUCAAAAGCCACCAGUACACACAUCGAAGGAAUCCUCCUCUUCAACCCUGACGUCCAGCUUUGAUAGAGAGUUCAAGCAGAUAUUGACCGAAAGCAAUGAGGAUUUAAGAGCGCAACCAACAGUUUUGGCUAAAACCGAAGAAGAAAAGCAUAAUGAAUUGAGUAUUUAUAUACACCGAGAUGAAAGGCCGUCAGUAAACAGUUAUCGAUAUUUGGAUGGGUUUGAGCCACCCAAUUUGUAUAGUGACAAUCGAAAUAUCAGUAAUGAUAAUAGCAGUAGCAGUAGCAGUAGCAGUAGUAGUAACAGUACCAGUAGUGUAGAUACUAUUGAUUCUGCCAGUUCCAAGCAAUAUUCUACAUCCCAUAGUCUUACAGCGAAGGAAGAAGAGACCUUUUCUUCAUUAGUAACGUCAGCAGAAGCUGCAUGGACUUAG